AAGGAAUGGGUUUCCUGACAGGCUAAAUUUCGGGCGACAAAAACAUCCGAUGCUUAUAAAUAGGCGUUGCUUCAAUCUCGUGAUACGGCGAAAUAAGAAGUGGUGGUCUGCUAGCGUUUGCUCUUCGGGCGGUGAGUGAAGCUAUUCAAAGGGUCACACAAAAAGAAAGAAACAUGGAUGUCCGGACUGGUUUCAUCGCUUUGCUGUGCUUGAUAGGAUUCACCUGUGCGGUGCCAGUGAAAUACAUAGACUGCGGGUCCUCCUCUGGAAAAGUGGCCAUGGUGGACAUUACCCCUUGUGCCAGUCAGCCAUGCCAACUACACAAAGGACAGUCCUACAGUGUCAAUGUGACAUUCAACAGCGGCGUGGAAAGCCAGACAAGCAAAGCAGUGGUUCACGGUAUUAUUGCUGGAGUUCCCGUCCCCUUCCCCAUUCCUAUGGAAGACGGCUGCAAAUCUGGAAUCCAGUGUCCAAUCCAGAAGCAGCAGAGCUAUCACUAUCUGAACUCGCUGCCUGUGAAGUCUCAGUAUCCUGCAAUAAAACUGGUUGUGGAGUGGGAACUGAGAGACGACAACAACAAAGACUUGUUCUGCAUCAGGUUUCCAGUUCAGAUUGUGAGCUAAACUAGCAAGCAAGUCCUCAGACAGAUUUUUUUGUGUCUUUUUCAUGUUAUUUGUUUUCUUUUUUUAAAAGGGAUUCAGCUUGGAGUAAAAACCUAAAAGAAUGUUAACGAUUCUAGUUAAGAUCAUUUUAUUCAUUCAUCAAAUUGAUUUUUAAGGUGUAUGUCUUUCACUAGUUUGCAAGACUUUGCCGUGCACACACACACAUCUUAAAUGUGGAUGUGAAAUAAUACAGUUAAUGGAUGUGUGAAUUACCCUGGUUUAAAUACAUUCCACUACAAUGCAAAUGUCUUGGCUUACUGGCUGCUGUGUAGUCAGAAAAGGUACACACUGUACUUCUUCAUUACUAAAACUUUUGUAAUAUUUAAUACUGACCUCAUGUUGCCAUAUAAAAAGUUAAUUCUAAUAAAGAAAUCUAAUGUGUA